AUGGCGCCGCUCGGCCAGACAAUCGCUGUGAUUGACAAGUCCGGCAAGGUUGUUAGCACGAGUAAACAACUGUUCGGCGUCUUCAGUCACGCAAAGGCUGCCUAUCGCGAGCGAAAGGCCCAUUUUGACUCGGAGCGCAAUGCCAAGAUUGCAGAGCAGCAGGUACUGCAGGCUCUCGCCACCUACCAGAUCGAUGACUCCCCAUCAGUAGCACCGUCACGGCGAAGUCAUGCGUCGAGGUCACGACAUCAAUCUAGUCGCAGUGUGCAUCAUCGGCGUGCCUCAUCUCGAUACGAGCAGGAUUUGCAUUCGGGUGCCUCGAGGGCCGAAUAUGUCUUUGAUCCGCCAACGGAGCUUCCCCGCAGACAUACCCAUCAUGAAGUCGCGCUUCGCGAGCCUGAGGCUCGACCAACAACUGCCCGCUCUAAGUCCGAUGCCUACAUUGAUAUGGAUCUUGCAUACGGGGAUGCUCACCCGGACACACUAUCAAAAUACCGUCCUCCGGUGGAAAAUCCGGAAGAUCAAAAGCAGCUGGAUGGUCUGGUAACUAAGGCACAGUGGCUUUUGGAGGAGGCGCAUUGUAUGCAGCACAGCGCAACCGCCACUAUCGCCCAUCUUCAGAAGAACCCGGAUGCGAUGGCUGCUGUCGCUCUCACUCUAGCGGAAAUCAGCAAUGUCGCUAGCAAAAUGGCCCCAACGGCGCUUACUGCAUUUAAGGCCGCUGCCCCUGCAAUCUGGGCUCUACUGGCAAGUCCACAAUUCCUGAUUGCUGCUGGUGUCGGAUUAGGAGUGACAGUGGUCAUGUUUGGAGGAUACAAGAUCAUCAAGAAAAUCCAGGCUGGUGCUACUGGAAUUACUCAAGAGCCACUCGAGGGUGAUGAGGUAGGCGCAGAAGAGGAGCCGGAGAUGGAGGAGUUGAUGGAACUCAAUGUGCAAUCGGAGAGCCGCGUCGAGAUGUGGAGACGUGGUGUGGCAGACAUUGAAGCUGUCAGCAUGGGCACAUCAGUAGAUGGCGAGUUCAUUACUCAACGAGCCGCCGCCUUGUCUGGAAUCGACAUUACAACGGCCCGCAUGGAGAGAGAUCCACGAUUCAAGUUCGAUGAUGAUGCUUCAAUGGCCUCAUCCCGUCGCUCUCGUCGGUCGCGCACAUCCAGAUCACAUGCACAUGGACACUCUGAAGGACAUUCUAGGAGAGAAUCCAAGUCCGCUCCCAAAAGUUCGGGGAGUAUCUUCGCCAGAUCUACCAAAGAAUCAUCCAAGGCUCCUAGCAGGGCUCCUAGUCGAGCCCCAAGUCGAGCCCCAAGUGAAGCCCCAAGCAAAGCGCCCAGCAGAGCUCCAAGCAGAGCGCCUAGUAGGGCGCCUUCCAAGUCUGGCAGCCAUGUUUCAGAAAAGGAGAAGCGACCGAGCGAGAAGAAGAAGAAGAAGGGCCCAAGCCGCUUGCGCCUGAUGUUUACGGCUUAA